AUGGGCCCUUGGGCCAUUCCCCCAGAAGAAUGCUCCACCCCAGCAGCAGGGAACCCUGCUUGCGCCCUUCUCCUCUUCUUGUCUCGCAUCGCCUCCCCGCAGCCAAAAACCCUAGCGCACGCACCUUGCCGGUCCGGCCCCGAGACGCAUUCCGGAAACCUCCGGAACGCCGCAAUGGUUUGGUUUCAGUGCGAGGACUGCGGCGAGAACCUGAAGAAGCCCAAGCUUGCCGGCCACUUCCGCUCAUGCUCCGCCUACAAGCUUUCCUGCAUCGACUGCGGCGCAGUCUUCGGCCAGGACACCGUCCAGACGCACACCCAGUGCAUCUCCGAGGCCGAGAAGUAUGGUCCCAAGGGACUGAACAAGCCAUCCAGCAAUGCACAGGGUAAGCCAGACAAGCCAAAGCCAAAUGCCGAUGUUGAUAUCAAUGUUGGGUUGUCGACACGCCCUCCUUGGUUCUGUAGUUUAUAUUAUGCUACUGUUGUCACCAUUCACGAACAGCUUGACUGGAACAUCUCUGAAAUACAUGAGCGCCUAUGCAAUACAACUACCACCAGCAAGCAAACUCUCUUGGGGCAUGCUGAUGGCAGGAAACAUAGGGCAAAAGCAAAAGCCUUUCAUGCUUCUCAGAAGCAAGAAAAUGGAGCUGAACAAACUCCAAGCGACAAGGAAACUGGUGGAGCACCAACAACAGCAUCUACAGAACUAAAUGACGGGAAGGGUGCUGACGGUGAAAGAGAUGCUGACAAAGAUGUUGUGAAGAGAAAGAGAACAGAUAGCACAACCUCCGAGGAGCCAGAUAAUGCAAAAAGACAAAUUUUAUCGAACUUGAAGACUGGAGAGGCGAUACAAUCUGAAAAUGGAGAAGCGGAACUCAAAACAAAGAGCAAAAGUGCUGCAGAAGAACUGGUCAUUGGUGCCAAUCAUCAAGAUAUUAAGAAGCAGAAAAUCAAGUGGAAGAAAAUUAUUACGAAGAUACUAGAGACGAAUUUGGAUGGAGCUAUGAAGUUAAAGAAGCUACAAAAGCUAGUUAUCAGGGAAGUUUUAGAAUGUGGUCUGUUGAAAGAUAAGGAGCAGCUGCAUGCUCUGUUGAUGGACAAGAUAGCUUCGAGCUCCAGGUUUUCUGUGGAUGGGAAGAACAUUAGAUUGGUGGCCAAGAAUGAAGAAUCAUAG